AUGCAUUCAUAUUGCGAUCAGGUCUUAAAGCUCCGAUGUGUUGUUUCUCUACAGGAUGAGAAAUUCGUGGCGUUUCGAGACCAGCGGCCGGGAGCUCCCCACCAUUACCUGAUCAUCCCCAAGAUUCACGUCCCCAACCCUUCAACCCUGACCAAUAAAGACAUUCCACUAGUUGAGUCCCUGGCCGAGGUUGGGAACAAAGUCCUACAGGAGCAGGGAGGGAACAUGGAGGACAAGAGAAUGGGCUUCCACUAUCCCCCAUUCAACACCGUGGACCACCUCUGUCUGCACGUGCUGUCUCCAGCCAGUCAGAUGAGCUUCCUGUCCAGCACCAUAUACAGCACCACCUUCUGGUUUAUGACGGUAGAGAAAAUACUGGAGAAGCUGGAGGCAAUGCCACCAGGCCAGUAG